AUGGCUGUUCAUCGAUCCCUUCACCUAUCGCGAUCCCUGCUUCUGUCAACGAGAUCAACUCUUCCUCAACCACACCUUGUACGCACCUUAUCGACGACUUCUGUGAAAUAUGCCGCAACACAGUCCAAAAAGCUGUACGAUACCCAUAUUCCUGUGCCUACACGACAAAAGAUAAUGCUGGCAGUAGGGUCAGCCUUUGCAGCACUCGCUAAUCCAUUGAGAGGUGACAUGGUUGCCACGUUGGGAGAGACGACGGCUGGAAACACAUUGGAGAAUAUGAGGAAACAGAUGCUUUUAUCCGAGAGUGGAAGGCGUAUCUUGCGUGAAAGGCCAUUGAUUCAUACGGGCUGUAUCGAUUUCCCCAAAUUGCGAGAGACAUGCAAGCCUGGUACAUUUGGAUACCAUUACAUCCAUUGGCUAGAUCAAGAAGGUGUCACCCCAGAUACUCGAGAACCGGUCCACUUUGUUGAUAAUGAAGAAUUGGCGUAUGUGAUGCAGCGUUACCGUCAAGUGCAUGAUUUUUUCCACGUCAUAACAGGAUUGGGUGUCAGCGUUGAAGAAGAACUCGCACUUAAAUGGUUUGAAUGGGCACAAACAAGCCUUCCCAUGACACAAUUGUCAUCCAUGGUGGGCCCCGUACUCUUACCUUGGGAUGCACGAAGACGUAUGUUGGUGGAUUAUAUCCCGUGGGCGCUGCAAUGCGGAGCCAAUGCUGUGCCAAUGAUGACCGUUUACUUUGAAGACCAUUUUCACACUCCAUUGGAUGAAUUACGUCGACAACUCAAUGUAGUACCUGCCCCUGUUCCAGAUCAUCAUAGAACCAUGCCAUAG